CCAGUUUCGCUUCGAUACAGUUCUAAAUUUCUGUGAUUAAAUUUUAUAACAAAAAUUUAAAAUAUUUUUUUUUUCAGAUCUCAUUUUGGUUAACAUUUAUCGAACCGAACCAUGUGUUCCCCGUGCGGUCCUUGCAGCCCCUGUGAUCCCUGUUGCGGUCCCUUCGAGUGCUCACCCAAGUGCUACAAUGCGGCCCAGUUGGAGGCGCUGCCACAAUGUGCCCCGCGCAUUCCUCCGCCUUUCCCCAAAUGCAUCACCGUCCAGCAGCCCCCACGUAUGAUCUGCAAGAAGCGUGUGGUCUUCACAGAGAAGAUAGUGCCAGAACCCAUGGUGGUGAACAGAUGCAGGCAGAUCACCAUACCGAAAGUUGUGGAUGCUACAAGGGUAAUCAAAGUGCCGAAGCUGAUUUGGGUGUCGCAGAUGGUACGAGAACCGAGAGUCAUCUACUAUCCGUCGAUGAUUCCGGAUCCAUAUGUGGUUUGCUAUCCCAAGCGCGUCUGCGAGCCAAGGGAGGUGUGCCAAUCCAUACUGUGCCAGCCGAAGCCACAAACCAUCGAUAUCCCGCCUCCAAGGGAAUACUGUUGCUAUCCAAAUGGACCCAUCAACUACAAACCCAGUGCCGCCUGUCCACCUUGCCCCAUUGGACCUUGUGCUCCUGGAGGACCUUGCUGUCCGCUGCCCUGCUUCUCCACAAAUCAGUAUCCCGUCGCCGAGGGCAGGUGCGGACCUUGCGGGCCAUGUGGACCUGGAUGCGGACCUUGUGGCCCUUGCGGUCCUUGUGGGCCCUGUGGGCCCUGUGGACCUUGUGGCCCUUGUGGUCCCUGCGGACCCUGUGGACCUUGCGGACCGGGAUGUGGUCCUUGUGGACCUUGUGGACCUUGCGGACCGGGACCUUGUGGCUUUGGUCCUUGUGGUCCUUGCUAAGUGGGGAAACAGAUGGAUGGAAAAUUUUGACGUCCUGUGACGCCCCUACGUUUUGGAAGUCCGCAUCCGGUUCAGAUAUAUGCCAGUCCAAAAUUGAUUUUGCAAGUUUUGUACAUAUAUUAAAAGCUUCCCUUAAUGCAAUAUAA